UUGCCAAUCGGGGUUUGUGCGUGGAUAACUUGUUCCCGCCCGCUCAUUGCUCAUGCAUAGCCUGUCGGCGCCAACACGAAGAGAGGCCGUUCUGCUCAUUUUCGUAUUCGUCUCAUUGUUAUUAUUCUCAAGAAUAGACUAUGAUACAACCGGGAUCAAAUUCUGGGAUGUCGAUAAGUCAGGCGCGUCGCCACAUACUUCGGCGCUUGGGGAGUCUUGGAGGACACGAAUAACAUGGUCAAGCGGACACGUACCAAACACCCGUGUAGUGUCUCAUGUCCCUGGAUGGACUAUUUUUGACAACCUCUUUGUCUUGAACGGCACUGUUUUUGUCGUGACGGAUUUCCCAUCAAGUAUUCCUGACCGUCUUACAAUCACUUCCACUGCCGUGGAUAUUUUCAAUGGUGAAGACGCUGUAAAUAGUCGAACACCAGGGGACCGCGAGAUGCAAAUUAUUUCGACUAGUCAAGCUCAAAGGUUGUUCGGUUCAAGUGCUGAGUCGAUUGAUGGGGUAACAUGGCUCGUAAACGAUCCUCCUCAAUUCAUCACCCACUAUUAUCACUGGUCGGCUGAACUCUUUUUUGGGUUCUGGCGCACAUAUUCCUCAUUGGACACUAGCAUAAAUGAGAUGGGGAAAUCUAUACUUCCCGCUCUCCGCCGUAUAUUCUUUGUCCAUGCGGAUGCAGACCAUUGGAGGGAUUAUGCUCUGAUGAACCAAUGGGUCUUGCGCAGCGCCUUCCCCUCUUUGACGACAGAAUACUCUUAUGACUGGGAAGAUCGUGCAGCAAUGGGUCGUCCAAUGAUGUUGGAUCGUGUGAUCUUUACUGACCGAGCUGCUGCCAUGCAUGGCCAUCAUUUCUUGAGCACCGGGCGAACAGCAGCAGAGCCAUCUGCUUUACCUGGGAGUGCGCACUGGUGGAGUACGAUUCGCGCGAACGUUAUCCGCGUUUGCGGGCUGGACCCCAAUGUAGUGGGUGAUAUGGCGCAGACGCCUGUCAUCACGUACAUAUCGCGUCAAGAGUGGGGGCGUCGUAUGCUCAAACAGGAGGAUCACGAGCGUCUUGUGGAAGAGCUUCAUAAGCUUCGAGACUUGUAUGGGUACGAAGUGAACGUCGUGGAGAUGGACAAGCUUUCUCGAGCAGAGCAGUUCGAGCUCGCGGCGCGAACCACGAUCAUGAUGGGUGUCCACGGUAACGGGCUUACGUCGCUAGUUUGGAUGAGGCCAUCACCUCGAGCUACGGUAAUGGAAUUUUUCUUCCCAGGAGGUUUUGCACAAGAUUAUGAGUACACCACCCGGGCUCUUGGCAUGGUACAUUACGGAUUCUGGGGUGACGAGUACUUUACGAGUCCUGACACCCCGGAGCAGGCGUACCCUCCAGGGUUCCAGGGCACGAACAUUCCUAUAGAUGGAGCUGUUGUGGCGAGAUUGUGUCACGAGAGACUUUUGCUCCAGUGAAAUUGACUGGGCUGGUGUUUAAUGAGAUAGAAAACAGAUCGAGUUUGAUCUACCCGGACUUGCAUUAUGCUACGCUGCUUGGCUAUAACUUACUUAUGAGGCUGAGAGUUUUGCAAGGAGUACUAGUACUUGGAUUAAAACAUUACAAGUCGUACUCCUCUAUGCCCAUUCACAUUCACUGACAAUGCCUAUUUAUUUGCACACCAAA